UGCCUUAGCAGAAUUUAACAUACAAGAAAGAACUCCCAUAGCAAGAACAAACAAUUAAGGCAAGAAGGCAUGACCUUGCGUCAUUCCAAGGGGGUCGAAGGAAUGACGCAAGGUCAUCCCCACGAAAUAGCCCACCAAGCCACAAUUAAAAAGGCAAUUGGCAGUCUUGUAGUGGUGAUUGAUAAGGGCCUUGAUAUCAAGGCCUGAUUGAAACGUCGAGUCCAGUCUCCUACCUGUAAACUGGGGCUUUAGUUGUUUAAAUUGGAUAUGAGAUUGGGCUCAACUCAAAUUGCUCCGGACUGCAUAUCAAUACAAGAAGAAAAGCACGCUGGGUCAUCCCCCUCGAUUUCUUAAACCCUGAGAGAAGCGAACUCCUAAAACCCUAACGCCUAGAAGGUUCUAUCACCUCCAGAUCUUGAACCCCAAGCCAAUAAGCCUUCCCUCCUCCUCUCAUUUCUCCUAUAAUACAAGCAAUCUCAUCUUCAUUUCACUUGCACCAGUGAAAGGAAAGAGUACACCCAAAUUAAGCUUCAAAUGGCGAAGCGUUUGAUUCCAACCUUUAACAGAGUUCUUGUUGAGAAAAUCCUUCCUCCUUCCAAAACCACCGCUGGCAUUCUCCUCCCUGAGAAAUCUACCAAGCUGAACUCCGGGAGAGUGGUGGCCGUGGGCCCAGGAGCAAGAGACAGGGAAGGGAAAACGAUCCCAGUGCCUUUUAAAGAAGGUGACACCGUUCUUUUGCCUGAGUUUGGGGGUUCUCAAGUCAAGCUUGGCGAGAAAGAGUUUCACUUGUAUAGAGAUGAGGAUAUUUUAGGCACUCUCCAUGAAUAAUUGGUUCAAUGAUUUAAGCUUAUGAGCUUUGUCAGUGUUGGAGGGGGUUAGGUUUGGGUCUGGGGGUUUUAAUUGAAUUGGAUGGAACUGAUUAAUCAUUAGAAUUAGAAUUUGCUAAUGGAAACACUUUUCUUUUCUGCUCCACUGUGUUCUUGCUUGAUUGAUGGCACGUCGUUUUCUUAAUUGAAUUAUAAGAUGAUUACUGCGGUGCUGGCUUGUUUAUGAUAA